AUGGUGAAAAAAGAGAAGCACUACUUAUAUGGUGCAAGUGCAGGUUCAGAUUCGAGUUUAAGACUGGACAUUGAAGGGCACGACUCUCUGUUGCUGGUUGCUACGGUAGUUUCAACCGCAAAGCGUUUACAGAUGCGACAAGCUAUACGAGAAACUUGGGCAUCGCCUAGAGAGUCUGACGCUGUCAAAACAGGGCGCGUACUGGUCUUCUUCAUUCUAUCAGCACCAACCUCUCUUCAUGAGCUGUACAUGUUGCGCAAAGAACAGAAGAAGCACAAUGAUCUCAUAGUGACUGACCUCCCAGAAACGUACGACAAUCUCGUCUUCAAGGUGUACGCCUCGAUGGUAUUUCAUCAGCAGUACUGUCCAAAGGCGCAGUUUCUAAUGAAGGUCGACGACGAUGUUGUUGUUCAUUUUGAUCGCAUGAUCGAUCUAUGGAAAAUGGACAAGAAGGCGAACAUGUCGAUUUAUUGCAAAGUUUGGUAUGUAGCCAAACCGCAACGGAAUCCAGAAAAGAAA